AUGGUAUGGAUCAUCACGAUGAAACUCCUGGUUCUAAUCUUGUCUGUGAUUGCCGGUGUCAUCUCCAAGCCUCAGGGUUAUAAUUUGACUCCGCCUUCCGGUCCAUCUUUACUCUCACGAAGAUGCAGCAACAGACAGGUGUUACACGUGGACGGUAGAUGCGUUACUCCAAGAGUGAACCGUCGUGUGUUUUUGUAUGAUGUGCCAAGAACUCCCACGCCAGUGGGUCCUCCCCCUUUCAUCCCUGCACCAACCGUGGAGACUAAUCUCUUAUUCAUCCGAACUCCCGAAGGAGGACAAGGGCCAGAUCCCAUCGUUGUACCUCCUCCACAGCAGGAACAUGUAUUGUACAUCCUAAAUAAGCAAUCUGAAGAAGGCCAAAAGGUGAUCGAGGUUCCAGCACCACCACCUUCCGAUCCUGAAGUGUACUUCGUUAACUACGCUGAAGGAGAGAAUCCAACUCUUCCAAGUGGAGUGGAUUUGCAGACUGCCUUGGAUGCUGCUUCGGCUGGCAAUGGUCAGGUGGUUGGGAGUUCUGAAGGCCUAGGAAUCGGUGCGGCUGGGAUAAGUGGUGGUUUCGGUAGCAGCAAUGGUUUCGGACUUAGCAACGGUUUGGGAAGCAGCAAUGGUUUGGGAAGUAUCAGUGGUUUGGGAAGCAGCAAUGGUUUUGGAAGCAGCAAUGGUUUUGGAAGUAGCAAUGGUUUUGGAACUGUGGGUAGUCUUGGAAGCAGCAAUGGCUUCGGAAUUAACGGUGGUCUCGGAGGCAGUAAUGGUUUCGGAAGUAUUAGUGAUUUUUCAUCAAGCAGUGUAGAAGGAAAUAAUGGCGGAUUCAGCAGCGGCAGUGUCAGUGGCGCUGGAAUCAGCAGCCUUUCAGGGAUUGGCCACGCAUCAUCGCUCCCCAGUCUGUACACAAUACCUUAACAAGGUCAUUCAUACAGAAAUGCCAGUGAUGUUAAAUCAUGGAUAUAUAUUUUUGUAAAAAAAAUGUCAUUCUGAAUAAAUCACGUAUCGAGA